GUCCAGUAGCCUCCCCUUGUGUAAACAAUAUGGCGGGUGGAGUCGGUAACAACGAUCGAUAGGAUUUUUACCUGUCGCACAUACCAAGGUGUGCCACCCAGACACCGUGUUAAAAAAAAAACGGAUGGCUAUGCAAGGUCUGCAUGCAUCAUGUCCCAAUCAGAGAAUUAAGGGCUGUGGAUGUCUGCUGGUGUCCUUCGUCUUGUCUGCUGGUGUACUUCGUCUUGUCUUUGUUUACUUUAUCUACAAGGAGUAAAGGAAGUACAUGUGUGCCUGUUAGUCAUUUGACAACUUAGAUUACUUCUGCUGCCUUUGGUGACGUGCAUCAGUACCAGACAUGAUCAAACAAAGCCUGGUACAGGAACGCAUUGGGGAUUUAACUAUGAACCAGUUACCUCCUUUGAAUACACUUCCACAGUGGUCACGCAUCAACAACCUGGACAAAGCUCGCUAUCCAAAGCCUUUCUUAAAAGAUAAAGUACAAAAUUUUGAGUACAAGAGAGACAUGGAUGAGGAAGAUAGAGAGCUUGAUAUGUCUGGGAUGAACACAGCUCAGCGGGUGCAGUACCUGGAGCGCAGCCUUGCAUUUCUGCGUCAGCAACAUGCAGAUGUCUUACAUGCCUUGCAUGAUGAGGUGGACAGUCUCAAGAAAGAAAACAAAGAUUUACAGUUUAAGAUUGUUAUGAGCCAAAGACGCAGUCCUGAGCAAGGCAAUGGGGAGAGGGAUGUAACUCAGACAGCAGAAGCCGAGUUGAGAGAAUUUUCAGCAUCAUCUGUUCAGUCUAAAGUUCAGGAAGGAAGCAACACAAGAGAAGAAAAGCUGAGUGAGCUGAAGGUUAUUUUUCUAGAGGAGGAGAUUAAGGAAUUGAAACAUGCUUUGCGUGAGGCACGAAAUCGUCACGCAUACAUCCAACAGCUUCUGGAACAAUCAGAAGAUGCUAGGAGGAGACAACAAGCUGCUUUUGACUCACUCAAGUACCAGGUGAGUCAGGGUGGAGGACAAAUGUCACAGAUUGUUGACAAGAUCUCUGAAGGACAGAAUUCAAUGCAGGCAAAUGGAAGGCCACUUAGUCUUGCAGAAUGUCAGGCUGUGAUCAGGCACUUGCAGCAGAUAAAUGAGAAACAAGCUCACGAGCUAGAAAGGCUCAAGUCUGACCUUCGAGAUGUGCUGUAUUCCCACAAGUGGACUCCUGAUGCAUAUCUUCUGGCCAAAGCCUACAUUGCUGAGGAUGACAAGAAGGAAGAAGAAACUGGUGCUGCUGCCGGAAGAACUGGUUUGCCAAGAAUACCACUUCGAAAUCCGUCUCGUAAAUUGCCAGACAUCGCUUAUAUUCGAGACACUGUAUCCCUACCUGCUUUGAGACAGACUGUCAGCAAUAAGGCGGUGGAACGUAGAAAACGGACACAAAUUCUUCAAAAAGCCAAGACCAGAAAAGAAUUAAUUCCACAGUAGUGGAGUCUAAGUUUGAUAAUUCUAGACUGCACAUUUUGGUCAGUAACCUUGUGAUAUAAUGCAAAGGCAAAUGUUUGUAUUGUUUAUCUUAUUUUUUAUGCUGAUAUGAAUUGUUGCAGAAAUGGGAAAGGAUUUUUGUGUGCUCACUCUGCAGCAAAUGGAAAUUUCGUUCUUGAUAACGGAUUUAACAUACAAAUAUACAUACACACACAUAUACAUGUACACACACACACAUCCUCUGUCUCUCACAAUUUAAAAUAACAAUGAGGUGACAAGAAGUUUUGACAUAAAAAUCUUUCGAACAUGAAACAAUCUAAAUCAAAACCAAUAUCAGCAACCAUAACAAACAUUCCAACUCUACAACAGCAUACAAGCAGUAGCCAAAGAACACAGAGAGAAAACUUGUUUUCAUCACAGAAAUGACCAAGAUGUAAAGGAAAUAGUUUUACUUCAUGGGUCUGUGGCCUGGUAUUCUGGGCGCUGGGCUGUUAAAAGCAGCUGGUUCAAGACCCUCUGGGGCACACAGAAAGAAUAUUCUCCCUGCUUACUGAGUAGCUUCUAAGCACAAAGUGUUUGUCACAUGGAAUGUGAUUUAUUUCAAGGAGGUAAGGGUGGCAGAUGGAAAGGGUUGUGCUCUGCAUUCCACAUGCUGUGCCUUAGACAGGGUGGAUUACUGCUGGUCAUUCCACCUACAGCCGCAACAGUAUGGAACCUUUUCACUUACUUUUAAUUUUACUUCAACAAGUUCUGUAUUGAAAUGCAUGCCAAACCACAAAUUGACGUCAAAUGGUCUCAGCUGAUGUAAUCCAUCAGUCUCCCUGCAAGUCCCGGUGCUGCAAAGUCCAACCAUAUUGAGUUCUGCAUGACCUAUGGCUGACCUGGUUGAUUGAAGACAAAAUGUGGAUUUAACCUCCAGUUUGAUGUCUGUUUGGCAGAUUUGCCAUUGCCCACAUUGACAUCACAGUCAGAUGUGCCUUUGGCCUCAUGUUGGCAGUUAACCUAUCUAUAGCUUUUAAAUACAAAACAUGCCUACCCAUCCAUGUUAUCUCUGUGAUCACAUCCAUCACAAGCUUGGUAGGAAGAGCAAUAAAAUGCAUUCUCAAAGCCAAGAUCUCAGGAAUGCUUCAGAUAUUUGGAUCUCUGAACAUGUUUUUGCUUUGAAGUCAUAAGACAUAUAUUUUGCAGUCUCUGGGCUGUGUACUGAAAACACGAAAAGUUAUUUUGAGUCUUGGUGUGUUUGUUUCGAAGUAGCCUUCAUAUCCACUUCACUGUAUAUUGUUAUGUUUGUAAUGAAUCUGACUUGACAUUAAAUGGGGAUGUUUUUA